AGUCCACAUUCAACCGUCGUCGUCGUGUGUACGAAAUUCUAAUAGAAUAUCGCGUGUGCAAGUGCAAGUUAAUGACAAAAAAAAAAAACAAAUACAAUAACACAUACAAAAAAAACACACACAAACAAAUAUAAACAUUUGAGAAAUGCAUGUGCAAGUGUUUGAUAUUAAAAGAAAAAAAUAACGAACGUAAUAACUGAAAUCUAACUAAAGAUCAGCUUAUAACAGUUAGUCAAGUGUUUUAAACUAAACUAAGACGUUUAUUGCUGGAAAACUGUUAAAUUUGAAUGAUUUAUUAAAAAAAACAAAGUGUUUUUAUUAAAAGUGAACAGUGUUUUAAAAAAAGUUUUCAAAAAAAACCUAACAAAUGAUUGUCAAGAAAGAUAUUUCUUUUAAAACAAAAUAAUCUAAAAACAAACUCUCUUAAAACCAAAAAUUGCUCGUCUCUCUCUCGUCCAAAAUGCACUGACAAUAUACACUAAUUAAUCAGUUUAAACACCAUAAUUUCCCAACAAUUAAACACAAAACUUGAAAAUAAAAAUGGAUUUAACAAAAGAUAUAAUUGAUUUUACACAGAAAGUAGACUACAGCGAUAAUAUAAAAAGUACUGAAACAAAAAUACUAAGCGGUGAAGAUUUUGGUAUUUUCAGUAAUAUGGAAAAGAUCAGUAAAAUGGCACAAGAGGCCAAUGCUUUGAGCGGCAGUGAACACAAUGCCGAAAAGUUAGAAAACAAAAUGCCGACGGCACAAUUGCAAAAACCCACAACACCCCAACUUAUAGAAAAUACCGCCCAUGUAACAUCCAUAAAGCCUACGAUGGCUAGAGAUAUAUCACCGCCACCCAGACCUUUAACCUCUAGCGAGGUAGUGGGUUUUAUUACUACUUUAGAGGAUCCCGAAAUGCAACUGGAUCCAGCAGUAGUACUCAACAAAUCUAGAUCUUUACCAGCUUCCCCCAAUCACUUAAAAGCUACACAUAUUUCCGAUUUAUUUACAUUUAAGCCGGAAAAACAGAGAGAAAUUCCUCUCAAACAGACAGGUUUUUUGUCUGAUAAGAAGUUGAGUAAUCUAAUUAAACCCAAUGCCGAGGCAUUGACCCGCAAUAAUCAACAGUUUUGUUUGCGCUGGAACAACUACCAGACUAAUCUUACUAAUGUUUUUGAUGAACUUUUGCAAAAUGAAUCAUUUGUGGAUGUGACUUUAGCCUGUGAGGGUCAGUCGAUAAAGGCACACAAAAUGAUUUUAUCGGCCUGUUCCCCCUACUUCCAGGCCUUGUUUUAUGAUAAUCCUUGCCAGCAUCCCAUUGUUAUAAUGCGUGAUGUACGAUGGCAGGAGUUAAAGGCUUUAAUGGAGUUUAUGUAUAAGGGAGAGAUCAAUGUUAGCCAGGAACAGAUUAAUCCAUUAUUAAAAGUGGCCGAAAUGUUAAAAAUACGCGGUUUAGCGGAGGUGAGUCCUAAUGGUAGCGGCAUGGCGGCUCAACAGUUAAUACCCGAACAGCGCAUGACAGUGUUCGAUGAUGAAGAGGAUGAGGAAGAAGUGGCGGCGGCUAAAAACGAUGAUAAUGAAGAGGAUAAGGUGGAGUGUUCUAAAGCCAAGAGGGCUAGAAUACAAAUAUCAGCUAAAACUACUUCUGCUUUAGAUUUGAAGUUAGCGGAACAGAGAGUACGCAAGCGUUCUAGGGAUGGUUUACUGAUCGAUGAGGAUCGCUUAAGGGCACGUUCUCUAUCACGUUCACCCUCACCUUUAAAUCGGGAAAAAUUUGCCGAAACAAACACACCACCACCCAUAGUAAUGACUGCUUCUACCAUAGUGCGAAAUCCUUUCGCUUCCCCAAAUCCCAGCAAUCAACCGGCGGCUACUAAUGCCAGUGCAACUUCAACAUCGUCUUCCUCUUCAAGUUCUGGUUCGGGUUCAGCUACAUCGGGCUCAUCUGUGUCCUCCACACCAGCACCGGCAACAUACCGGUCCAGAGAGAGAAGUCUAUCGCCAUCUCUUAUGACAGCUCAUGCUGGUACCAGCAGUCUAUCAUUAGCUUCACCCAACAGUAGUUCCACCACACCACAAAUAUCCAUACAUCCGCAUCCAGCUGCUACAGCGGCGGCAGCAGCCGCUUUAGCAAAUCCCCAUCAUCCCCACCAUCAUGCGGCAGCAGCGGCUCAACAGUUUGCCGCCCAACAGCAGCUGCAUGCUGCCCAUUCGCAUGCCGCCAUGGCCAGUGCUCUAGGAGCUUCCUUGGCAGCAGCAGCUGCUGGAGCGGGUUCAGCUUCUGCCGGCCCUGCCAGUAGCGCCGGCUCAUCUUCACAUCAUGAUGACAUGGAAAUAAAACCCGAAAUUGCCGAAAUGAUACGUGAAGAAGAAAGGGUAA